AUGUCGGGCAGCGCUGGCUACGACAGACACAUUACAAUCUUCUCCGAGCAGGGUAGAUUGUACCAAGUCGAAUAUGCCUUCAAGGCCAUCACAGCUGCGAACAUCAUGUCGCUCGGCGUCAGGGGGAAGGACUGCGCCGUAGUUCUGUCCCAGAAGAAGGUUCCCGAUAAGCUCAUCGACCCCUCCUCCGUCUCCCACAUCUUCCAGAUCUCGCCCUCGGUUGGCUGCGUCAUGACCGGUUCCAUCGCCGAUGCGCGCGCCUUCGCACAACGCGCCCAGGGGGAGGCUGCCGAGUUCCGAUACAAGUUUGGCUACGAGAUGCCAUGCGACGCCUUGGCCAAGCGCAUUGCCAACAUCAGCCAGGUCUACACUCAGCGCGCCUACAUGCGCCCAUACGGCGUCGCCGUUACCCUCAUAUCGCUCGACUCGGAGUUCGGUCCCCAGCUGUACAAGUGCGACCCGGCAGGCUACUACACAGGCUACAAGGGCACCGCGGCGGGUCCCAAGCAGCAGGAGGCCCUCAACCACCUGGAGAAGAAGCUCAAGAACAAGGAUCACGCGCCCGGUGACUGGAAGGAGGUUGUCGAGCUUGCUAUCACCACUCUCAGCACGGUGCUAAGCAUGGACUUCAAGAAGACCGAGAUCGAGAUUGGUAUCGUCGGUGGACCUAGGCCGGACGGAAAGGAGGGCACAUACCCCGGUUUCAGGACGUUGACCGAGGAGGAGAUUGACGAGAGGCUACAAGCCAUUGCCGAGAAGGAUUAA